AUGAAAGGGAACCCAUCAACACAUGAAGUCAUAGGGACAAUGAGCACGAGACGGUUCUACCGCUGGCUCAUCACCAUUGAUGGUGACACUGAGAUCAACUACCGCAACUACGAGGAGCUCCCGAGCCGCUCGAACUACAUAUUCUUCUUCGGAGGCCGUCUGCGUGCGGUGAAGACAGCCCGCCCGUUCUCGCUGGUGGUGCUGUUCCUGAUCCUCUCGCCGAUGGUGCUCUUCUCGGUGUUCGAGGCGCACAGGCUGUGGCACACACGCUACGGAUACAAGGCGCUAGUGGUGCUCUUCUACUAUGCAUGGGCAUGGUCGCUGCUGUCGUUCACAAAAACCGCCACCAGCGACCCCGGAGUGCUGCCGAGAAACAUACACAUGCACAAGGACACCCCGCAGGAGUACUUCAACAACGUAACGCUACCAUAUGGCGCUGGCGGUAGCGCUGGAAAUGCAAGUGUCACGCUCAAGUACUGCCAUACAUGCAAGAUAUGGCGCCCGCCGCGGGCCUCGCACUGCUCAGUGUGCGAGUGCUGUGUGCUGACGCAUGACCACCACUGCAUCUGGGUGAACAACUGUGUGGGCCAGCGCAACUACCGGUACUUCCUGGCGUUUCUGCUGAGCAGCACGCUGGCGUGCGCCCUGCUGAUUGCCAACUGCGCGCUGCACUUGCACCGGGCGCUCCACGAAGGCAUACGGGUGAGCCAUAGGCCGCUGCCCGUGGCGGUGCUGCUCUGCGUCUACGCGGCGGUGCUCUGUGUGUACCCGGUGAUCCUGCUGGGCUACCACGUCGCGAUGUCCGGCACGCAGCAGACCACCCGAGAGUACCUCAGGAGCAUCGGCUUCAGGAACCCCGUCAUGCACCGCAUCCGCAGGCGCCGGGACAACCCGUACGCAGAGCACGGCUUCCUCAGGAACAUGCUGGACCUCAUGGCCGAGCCCCGGGGACCCAGAAGUUGUAAUUAUAGAUACAGGUGA